UCAUUGCAAUUAUUUCAUUUACAAUGAAGUUUUCUCGAACAGUUGUCAUUUUACCUGCUGAAAUGCUUUGCCUGAUGUAUAUGUGUGUGUAUUAACAGUGAAAGAAAAUAUAACAUUGGUUUGCUUUCAAAUAUUGGAAUAUUGGUACAUUUAUAUAUAAUUAUAUUUGUUUCCCUUCCCACUACUUUUUAUAUUAUACCUCUUUAAGUAGGACAUCCGAUAAUGAGGAAGAUAUAUUAAAAAUGUUCGGAAGUCUAGCGUUUCAGGUUUGCGGUAGUUCCUUCUGUCGUCAGUCAAAAUAAGGGCAUAGAUGUAGAUUUCGCAUAGCAUACUAGAGCCGGCCUGGUUUCCUCUAUUAUAUGUAGAUCUCUGCUCCGCGUUACAGUCAGUUGUUUGCACGGGUUUGGUAGCUAACUUGGAUAGCUUUCUAGCUAGUCAUAAUUCUGAAAACGAUGUCAGGCAUGGAUGUUCCAGGAGCAGACAGUGAUUGGAGGAGUCCAGGAUUCCGACAGAAAGUUGUUGCUCAAAUCGAGGAUGCCAUGCGAAAAGCUGGAACCCCUCACACCAAGAGCAGUCAGGAGAUGGAGAAUCAUGUUUACAUAAAAGCAAAAACUAGGGAGGAGUAUUUGUCACUGGUAGCAAGGCUCAUAAUUCACUUUCGUGACAUUCAUAAGAAGCAACAAGGUGGCCCAGACCCUAUGAAUGCUCUGCAGACCUUGACGGGUGGAGGCCCUGGCAUUGGCAUGGGCCCUCGCCCUACUGGAGCCCCUAUGGCCAUGGGUGCCAUGGGUCAGAUGCAGAUGGGACAACAUGCAAUGCAAGCAGGAAAUCAACAGCCCAGGGGUCCAGGGCAGCUCCAGAUGCAGCAGAUGGCUCAGCAGCAGCAACAGCAGCAGCAGCAGCAGCAGUCCAUACAGUUUCAGCACUUCCAGGUAGCACAGCAACAACAGCAACAACAGCAACAACAGCAACAACAGCAGCAACAGCAACAACAGCAGCAACAGCAACAGCAGUCGGCCCUGCAGCAGCAGCAGCAGCAGCAGCAGCAGCAACAGUUCCAGGUGCAGCAGCAGCUGAAGCUGCAGCAGCUGCAACAGCAACAGCAACAGCAACACCACCAGAACCAACAGCUCCAGCAUCAGAACCAGCAGCAGCAGCAGCAGCAGGCACAGAACCAACAGCAGCAGCAGAACCAGAUGCAUCAGUCCCGACUCCAGCAGCAGCAGAUGCUUCAGCUGGCUCAGGCCCAAGCGCAGGCCCAAGCGCAGGCCCAGGCGCAGGCCCAGGCCCAGUCCAUCCAGCACAUGGUACAACAGCAACAGCAGCAAGCUCAGGUGCCGCAGCCUCAGCCAACCCAAAUGCCGCCGCACGCCCAGCAGCAGUCUAUGGUGCCCCAGUCCCUGGCUGGGCAGAUGCCUCCAGGGCAACACCAGCCUAUCAGCACGCUCAGCCUGCAGCAGCAACAACAGCAGCAGCAGCAACAACAACAGCAGCAGGCACAGCAGCAGGCACAGCAGCAGCAGCUUAAACUUCAGGCCAUGCAGCAGGCCAGAGCGUUGGCACAGGCGCAGCAGGUCCAGCAGGCCCAAGCUCAGGCACAGCUGGCUGGUCAGAUGAUGCCCCGUGCUGGGAUGCAAAUUCCACGGUUGCCCCGCGCUCCGGCCCCAGCCAUUCCUCAGGCCCCCGCACAAAUGGGAGGACCGCAAAUGCCACAGCCCCAACAGCAGAUGAUGUCAUCGCCCUCCCCGGUCCAGGUACAGACGCCGCAGUCCAUGCCACCGCCCCCUCAGCCCCAGCCCUCACCACAGCCCCCGUCCUCCCAGCCCAACUCCGUCAGUUCCGGUCCCGCACCUUCUCCGGGGGGGUUCGGACCUAGUCCCUCUCCCCAGCCUGCCCAAAGCCCUGUGCCAGGACGAACCCCUCAGAGCUACCCCCUCCAGGUACCCUCCCCUGGACCUCUCAACACCCCAGGCAACCCCCACUCUGUCAUGAGUCCAGCUGGAGCCAACCAGUCAGAGGACCAGCUGUACAUGGACAAACUUAAGCAACUAUCCAAAUACAUUGAGCCCCUGCGCCGAAUGAUCAACAAAAUCGACAAAAAUGAAGACCGCAAGAAGGAUCUGAGUAAGAUGAAGAGCCUGUUAAACAUCCUGACUGACCCCAACACAAGAUGUCCUCUUAAGACAUUACAGAAGUGUGAAAUCGCCUUGGAAAAGCUGAAGAAUGACAUGGCUGUGCCCACCCCUCCCCCUCCUCCAGUGCCUACCACAAAAAAACAGUACCUUUGCCAACCUCUGCUCGAUGCUGUCCUAGCAAACAUCCGCUCACCAGUGUUCAACCACUCCCUCUAUCGUACAUUCGCCCCAGCAAUGACUGCAAUCCACGGUCCACCAAUUACAGGGCCCUCAAUUCCCGCACGGAAACGCAAACAUGAAGAUGAUGAGCGGCAGACUAUUCCCAAUAUCCUUCAGGGAGAAGUGGCCCGCCUCAACUCCAAAUUCCUGGUUAACCUCGACCCGUCCUUCUGCAGUAAUAAUGGAACCGUACACCUCAUCUGCAAACUAGAUGACAAGAAUCUCCCGAGUGUACCUCCUCUUCAGCUUAGCAUUCCAGCAGACUACCCCGAUCAGAGUCCACAGUGGGCAGACGAUAGCCAGCAAUAUGGAGCCAACCCGUUUCUGCAGAAGGUUCACAGGAACAUGACCACCAAGCUCCUGCAGCUACCCGACAAACACUCGGUUACCGCAGUGCUGAACACGUGGGCGCAGAGUGUGAGACAAGCCUGCCUGUCUGUAGCCUGAAAGAAGCAGACUCUACCGGCCUGUCUCCCUGUAGUUUUAGAACGUCCACCUCCCAGUCUCCAGUGAACACACUACAUCACCAGGGCCUACAUCCAUAAAACAUCUUGAUAUGAGUGAUUUACAGUUAUAAUGCAUCAGGCUCACUUUUAUCCUUAUCUGCAUAAUGUCAUCAUGAAUUAAAAAUGGACGUUAUUCCUACAGUCACUGCAACUUCUCUAAGAUGUUCUAGUCAGAGCUGGGUUAGCCUUUAAGGCCUCAGAGCUGGCAGUCAGUUCCACCGCAUUUAGCAUUCUGCUAAACAUCAGGCGUCGGUUUCAUUCUGCACAAGGACAGAGUUUGAUUUCACUUCACUUAGAAGUGUCCUUCUGCUGGUGGUGCACAUCACAUUGUACUGUUUGUAUGCAAUCCCACAGCAUAUCUCUUCCCACUGCCUGCUAGACCUGACAAAGUGCUCCCAUGUAGUCAGCCCCGAAAUAUAUAAUAGCAAUGACUGGCACUAAGUGGGACUACAGGUUCCUUAAGAGGUGAUUCACAAGGGAAUUGUGAUAAAAAUAUGUAUUAUUAUUUGGGUCCAUUUUGCUGUGUAAACUUUGGAGUGUAAAAAAUAUUCGUUUUCCUCCUUUCUUUUUUUAUUUGCAUAAAUAAAUACUUAUAUGUUCA